GUUGAAUAGCAGUUCAAACAUCCACCUCAAUCGCGGCGCAUCACCCUCAGCACGUUCAGACUCGCGAAUAUGGUCCUCAAGCUCUACGGUGGUUCGCGUUCAACAUGCACCAGGCGCGUCGCCAUGGUAUUGAAGGAGAAGAAUGUCCCGUUCGAGUUUGUGGCCGUCGACUAUAAGAAGGGCGAGAGCAAAGUGGCUGCGUACCUCGAGAAGCAGCCCUUCGGCCAGGUCCCGUACAUCGACGACGACGGCUUCGUCCUCUUCGAGAGCCGUGCCAUUGCGCGCUACAUCGCGCUCAAGUACCGCGAUCAGGGCACGCCGCUCGUCCCCGACCCCGCGGACCUCAGGGCCGUGGCUCGCUUCGAGCAGGCGGCCAGCAUCGAGACCAGCAACUUCGACGAGUUCGCGCACGGGCUCGCGGUGGAGAAGGUCUUCAAGCCGAUGCGCGGCGGCACAACGAACGAGGCGAACGUCGAGUACCUCGCCGCUACGUUCGAUGCGAAGCUUAACGGCUACGAGGCCAUCCUGUCGAAGCAGAAAUACCUCGCUGGUGAUGAGUUCACACUCGCCGACCUCUUCCACCUGCCAUACGGCGCAAUGCUCAAGCAGCUCGAUUAUGGCUACCUUGAAGAUUUCGGAAGGCGGCCCAACCUUGCCAGGUGGUGGAAGGAUAUUGCCUCUCGUCCCUCGUGGCAGGCCGUAAAGGAGAAAGUUGAAUAAACGGCUCUGGAGACUCUGGCCUUUUGACCAGUGUAUAAUUAACUCAAUGCAUAGAGAAUGGAAAGAGACUAAAUGAUCCA